CUCAGCCUCCGCACGCAGUUAUUUAAAGGGACCUGGCACUCCCGCCCACUGCCCGCCUCUCGCCGUCCACGGCGAGAUGCUGAGAGCGAGGGGAGGGGGCUCGGGGGCCAGGAAGGAAGGGAACAAGUCAGCCCAGUCUCCAGAGUCGCAGGUUUGAGGCUCCGAGGCCCCGGGAAGAGGCGGUCCCGGAUCAGCUGCCGGCGAUCAUGGCCGGCCAGCAGGACUCGGGCUUCUUCGAAAUCAGCAUCAGAUCCCUGCUCAAGUCAUGGAGCGGCGCCUCGCCCGUGGGCAACGGCUACAACAAGCCUCCCCUCCCUCCGGUGUGCAGUCCUCAGGGCGAGAAGGGCCCGCCGGUCGGCACGCCCAUCAGCGUCGACCCGGAGAGCAAGCCGGGCGAGUACGUCCUGAAGAGCCUCUUCGCCGCCUUUGCCGCCGUGUCGGAGCGCAAGAUCCGCGUCAUCAUGGCGGAGGCGCUGGAAAAGCCUUUGACGAAGUCUCUUCAGAGGGGUGAAGAUCCUCAGUUCGACCAACUGAUAAGCACCAUGAGCUCCUUGGCCGAGUACUGCUUGCCCUCCAUCCUGCGGACGUUGUUUGACUGGUACAAACGGCAAAACGGUCCGGAGGAGGAACUUCACGAAUACCGGCCGCGGGCCAACACCAAGUCAAAAAAUGAUGAGCAGCAGAGGGAUUAUUUACUUGAAAGGAGGGACUUGGCCAUCGACUUCAUCUUCUCCCUCGCACUCGUAGAAGUGUUGAAACAGAUGCCGCUGCACCCUGCGCUCGACAGCUUGGUCAACGAGGUCCUCCAUUUAGCCUUUAAGCACUUUAGAUAUAAAGAAGGAUAUCACGGUCCUAACACUGGCAACAUGCACACUGUAGCGGACCUCUACGCGGAGGUCAUUGGAGUACUGGCCCAGUCCAAGUUUCCCGCCGUGAAAAAGAGGUUCCUGACGGAGCUGAAGGAGCUGAGGCAGAAAGAGCAGAGUCCGUAUGUAGUCCAGAGUACCAUUAGCCUCAUCAUGGGGGUCAAGUUCUUCCGAAUUAAAAUGUAUCCCGUUGAAGACUUCGAAGCGUCCUUUCAGUUCAUGCAGGAAUGCGCCCAGUACUUCCUGGAGGUUAAGGACAAGGACAUUAAGCAUGCCUUGGCUGGGCUCUUUGUUGAAAUUUUGGUUCCUGUUGCAGCAGCGGUAAAGAAUGAGGUGAACGUUCCUUGCCUGAGGAAUUUUGUGGACAGCUUGUACGACACAACCCUGGACUUGUCGGCCAGAAAGAAGCACUCGCUGGCUUUUUACCCGCUUGUGACGUGCCUGCUGUGUGUCAGCCAGAAGCAGUUCUUCCUCAACAGAUGGCACAUCUUCCUUAACAACUGCCUCUCAAAUCUCAAGAGUCGAGACCCCAAGAUGGCUCGCGUGGCGCUGGAGUCGCUGUAUCGCCUGCUGUGGGUCUACGUGAUCAGGAUCAAGUGCGAGAGCAACACUGCAACGCAAGGUCGCCUCAUCACCAUCGUAACAACGCUUUUCCCCAAAGGAUCUCGCAGUGUGGUGCCGAGAGACAUGCCUCUCAACAUUUUCGUCAAAAUCAUUCAGUUUAUAGCGCAGGAAAGACUUGAUUUUGCCAUGAAAGAAAUUAUUUUUGAUCUCCUCUGUGUGGGCAAACCCGCGAAAGCCUUUAGUCUUAAUCCCGAGAGAAUGAACAUCGGUCUGCGAGCUUUCCUGGUGGUGGCCGACAAACUUCAGCAGAAGGACGGCGAGCCGCCGAUGCCCAACACCGGCUGCACUUUACCUUCGGGGAACACGCUGCGAGUGAAGAAGACGUACCUGAGCAAAACGUUGACGGACGAGGAGGCAAAAGUCAUCGGCAUGUCCCAGUAUUACUACCACGUGCGGAAGGCCAUUGACAACAUCCUGAGACAUCUGGACAAAGAGGUGGGACGCUGCAUGAUGAUGACCAACGCUCAGAUGUUGAACAAGGAGCCCGAGGACAUGAUCACAGGUGAAAGGAAGCCCAAGAUCGACUUGUUCAGGACAUGCGUGGCGGCCAUUCCUCGCAUCAUGCCCGACGGGAUGUCAAAGACGGAGCUCAUAGACCUGCUCUCCCGACUGACAAUUCACAUGGACGACGAGCUCCGACUCCUUGCUCAGAACUCGUUGCAAAGUCUGCUGGUGGACUUCUCGGAUUGGCGGGAUGACGUGCUGUUCGGGUUCGCCAUGUUUUUGCUGCGUGAGGUCCACGACACCCACCAGGGGCUGUUGGAUGCAUCGCUCAAGCUGCUGCUACAGCUGCUCGCCCAAUGGAAACUGACGGCGGCGGCUGCGGGGAAGAGCUACGACGUGGUUAAGAUACACACCGCCGAGCUGCUGCAGACGAGUUCCAAUGCGAAGACGGCGGCCGAGCGAGGCCCUCACGCCGCCGUGUUGCACGCCGUGGAGGGUCUGGCCCUGGUGCUGCUCUGCUCCUGUCAACUCAGCACGCGACGGCUCGCCGUCGCCGUCCUCAAGGAGAUCCGCAGCCUCUUCUCUGUCGUCGGGCAGUCUGAGGAUGACGAUAAACCAAUGAUCGAGAUCAUGGACCAGCUCAGCCUUGUGAUCUUCGACAGCUUCUGCAACGUUGCAGUCUCUGACACAGCCAACACAUCCGCUGGCCCUCACGUGGACCUCCAGUGGCUCGCCGAGUGGAGCGCCAAGCUGCUCAACAGCCACCACGACAUCCGCAGCCCGUCGCACGCGUGGAUCUUGGCGCAGUCGGUGAAGGACCCGUGGGUGCUGUGCAUGUACAGCCUGCUGCGACAGGACCACCUGCCCAAGCAUUGCCCCUCGGCCCUCGGCUACGCGUGGCCCUACGCCUUCGCACGCAUGCAGAUGCUCAUGCCCGCGGUCGACCCCAAUAACCCGGUGAACGCCAAGAAGAGCAGCACCUCGGGCAGCGCGGACAACUACGUGACCCUGUGGCGGAACUACUUGAUCCUUUGCUUCGGGGUGGCCAAGCCCAGCGUGAUGAGCGCAGGUCACCUGAGAGCGUCGACACCCGAGAUCGCCGCGGCCACGCCCGACAGCGCCGCGGGCUACGACAACAAGGUGGUGCCAGGCUGCCCGUCCGUGGCUUGGCUCCUCAAGCAGUUGGUUCCCCUCAUGAGAGCAGAAAGUGUGGAGCUGACAGAGGCGUUAGUUCUGGGCUUCGGCCGCACCAACGCCCUCGUCUUCAGGGAACUUGUGGAAGAGCUGCAUCCGUUGAUGAAAGAAGCACUGGAAAGAAGACCCGAGAACAAGAAGCGGCGCGAGCGUCGGGACCUCCUGCGACUUCAACUGUUGCGCAUCUUCGAGCUGCUGGCAGACGCGGGCGUCAUCAGCGACAGCACAAACGGGGCCCUCGAGCGCGACACGCUCGCCCUGGGCGCCCUCUUCCUGGAGUACGUGGACCUGACGCGCAUGCUCCUGGAAGCCGAAAACGACAAAGACGCUGAGAUCCUCAAGGACAUCCGGGCUCACUUCAGCGCCAUGGUGGCCAACCUCAUCCAGUGUGUGCCAGUGCACCACAGGCGCUUCUUGUUUCCGCAGCAGAGCCUCCGACAUCAUCUCUUCAUCCUCUUCAGUCAGUGGGCGGGGCCCUUCAGCAUCAUGUUCACCCCUUUGGACCGCUACAGUGACAGGAAUCACCAGAUCACGCGGUACCAGUACUGUGCCUUGAAGGCCAUGUCCGCCGUGCUGUGCUGCGGCGCGGUCUUCGACAACGUGGGCCUCUCUCCAGACGGCUACCUCUACAAGUGGCUGGACAACAUUUUAGCCUGCCAGGACCAGCGGGUGCACCAGCUGGGAUGCGAAGUGGUCAUCCUGCUCCUGGAGCUCAACGCCGACCAGGUCAACCUCUUCAACUGGGCUGUGGAUCGCUGCUACACGGGCUCCUAUCAGCUUGCCUCAGGUUGCUUCAAAGCCAUUGCGACGGUGUGCGGCAGCAGAAACUACCCAAGCGAUUUAGUAACGCUGCUCAAUCUGGUCCUCUUCAAGGCGUCAGACGCCAACAGAGAGAUUUAUGAGAUCUCUAUGCAACUGAUGCAAAUUCUCGAGGCGAGGCUCUUUGUGUUCUCCAAGAAGAUAGUCGGGCAGAAGCCCAACAGCAUCCUUUACGGCACUCACGCUCCGUUGCCGCCCCUCUACAGCGUCUCCCUCCCUCAGCUCUCCGGCCAGCUGGCCACGAUGUACCCCGAACUCACGCUCCCUCUUUUUUCAGAGGUUAGCCAGAGGUUCCCCGCCACCCACCCCAACGGGAGGCAGAUCAUGCUGACCUAUCUCCUACCCUGGCUCAGCAACAUAGAGCUGGCGGAUAGUGGCCUGCUGCUCCCGGCCUUCUCGCUGUCUUCCUUCGACUACGACUCCUCUAUACGGGGGCGUACCGCCUUCUCUGCCCAGCGGCAUCUGAAAGGAACCGGCUGGGGCUCCCUGCAAGCCACGUCUAUGGUGCUCAACAACCUCAUGUACAUGACUGCCAAGUAUGGAGAUGACUUACCAGGAUCCGAAAUGGAAAAUGCCUGGAAUGCCUUGGUGUGCAAUGAAAAGUGGAGCCACAACCUGCGAACCACGCUGCAGUUUCUCAUCAGUCUGUGCGGCGUCAGCAGCGACACCGCCCUCCUGCCAUUCAUCAAGAAGGUGGUGAUCUAUCUGUGUCGAAACAACACCAUGCAAACCAUGGAAGAGUUGAUACUGGAGUUGCAGCAGACGGACCCGGUCAACCCCGCGGCGCAGCGCUGCGACGACCCGCCAUUUUAUCGCUUCACCGCCACAAGCAAGGCCGUCGCCGCGGCGGCGUCAGGAACCACAUCAAGCAGCAAUACUGUGGUGGCAGGCCAGGAGGGCUUCCCAGAUGCAGACGAUAGCAAAGCGAAGGACAAGGAGGAGAGGCUCAGCCAUGAGAGGCAAGCUCACCACCGUCUGGAAUCUCGCUACAGCAACAGCUCGGGAGGAUCGUACGACGAAGAUAAGAGUGAACCUUCGCCCCCUUACGCCGACUGGCUGAUGGUCGUCAUGGAAAGCAACCAUCCCCGUCCUCUACCCAUGCCUCUCAACGGCGGCUGCUGGGCUCCUCUGGUGGACUUCCUGCCCGAGACCCUCACCCCGAGAGGUCCGCUGCACAGGUGUAAUAUAGGAGUCAUAUUCAUGACAGAGAUGGUGGUGGACCACAGCGUGAGGGAGGACUGGGCCUUGCACCUCCCGCUACUGCUGCACGCCUUAUUUCUCGGGAUGGACCACUACCGUCCGGAGGUAUUGGAGCACAGCAAGCGUCUCCUCCUCCACCUGCUCAUCGCGCUGUCCUGCCGCCGCAACUUCCGGGCCAUCGCCUCGGUUCUGCUGCAAACGCGCCAGCUCAACGGAGCCAAGACCCUCACUUGCCAGCCCGCCCGGCAGCCCGAGUGUACGACAUCAGGAGGUUUGGACUUCCUGAGGGAGCGUCAGGCGUCUCCCGUGCCGGAUUCCGGCCUGAGUUCCUCCUCCACGUCAUCCAGUCUGAGUCUGGGCGGGAGCACCGGCAACCUGCCCGAGAUCUCUGACGAGCUGGCGGCGCCCGAAAACGCCGACGAGAAGACCAGCAAGCUCAUUGAGUUUUUAACCACCAGAGCACGUGGUGGACCCCUGUGGUGCCACGAAGACAUCUCACCCAAGAAUCACGUUUCCAAAAACCGUCAGCUGACAAACCUUCUGCGGCACGUGGUGUCCGUGUUUAAAGAAACCGACGCCCACCUGGAGCAGCGGCUGAGCGACGUGGCGUUGCACACGGCCCUGUGCAGCUCCUCGCGUCACUACGCCGGACGCUCCUUCCAGGUCUUUCGAGCCCUGCGCCAGCCCGUUCACGCGCACGCCGUCUCCGAUUUGCUCUCCAGGCUGGUGGAGGUCGUCGGGGAGCACGGAGAGGAGGUGCAGGGUUAUGUGAUGGAAGUCUUACUCACGCUGGAAUCUGUGGUGGACAACUUGGCCGAGUGCCUCAAGAACAACAACCUCAAUGCCAUCUUGACCAGAGCGUCUUCUCCGGAUCUCCUCACCACGUUGAAGCUGAUGUCCAACAGGAAGAGCACAGGCCGAAUCAACCGCCGCCGAGAAGAGCACGGCCGGCAUCAGAGGAGCUCCUCCGUGCCCAAGAAGUUUGGCGAGGCCGACGGGUGCUCGGACAGGUGGUCGGAUCCGCCUCGCAGCGCCACCCUGGACCGCAUCCAAGCGUGCGGGCAGCAGCUCCCUCCGGGCAAAAACGGCAGCCCGUCCUCCUCCAAGGACAACAUCUCGGACCCGGCCGACGUCAACCACCCCGGCAACCUGCUGGCCACCGUCUUCUGGGUGGCCGUGUCGCUGAUGGAGUCCGACUUUGAGUUCGAGUACCAGAUGUCGCUGAGGCUGCUCGACAAGUUGCUGGUUCACGUGUCGCUGGACAAGCGGGAGAACCGCGACAGGCUGGAGAAGCUGCAGGGGCAGCUGAAGUGGAGCAGCUUCACGGGGCUCCAGCAGCUGCUGCUCAAGGGAUUCACGUCCGGGGCCACCGCCGACCUCACGCUGAAGCUCUUCUGGCAGCUCACGCCUGUUUCGCGAGUGUCUGUGGUGGACACCUCCCAAGCCAUCGGUUUCCCCUUGAACGUCCUUUGCCUGCUCCCACAUCUUGUGCAGAAUUUCGAUGGCCCUACACACUUCUGUCAGGAUGUCGCCGAGAGAAUAGCUCAGGUGUGCCUGGACGAGAAGAACGACAAGCUCUCCAACCUGGCCCACGUCAUGACUCUUUACAAGACGCGCUCCUACACCCGCAACUGCUUCUCGUGGGUCAACGUGGUGUGCCGGUACCUCCACGAGGCCUUUUCGGACAUCACGCUCAGCCUGGUCACGUACAUGGCGGAGCUGUUGGAGAAAGGUCUGCCCAGUAUGCAGCAGACCAUUUUACAAAUCAUCUACAGUCUCCUGAGUCACAUGGACCUGAGUGGGAUUCAAGCCAAACCUUUCAACAUGGAGGUGCUCAAGACCAUUGAGAAAUUUGCCCAGACGGUCCACUGGAGGGAAGCGCUGAACAUCCUCAAGCUGGUGGUUAGCCGCUCGGCCAGUUUGGUGCAGCCCUCCGGCGACCUCUCCUCCGAGGACAUCAGCCGAGUGUGGGAGCGCUCCUCCAAGGCCUUGCCUGGGAAAACGCUGGAUUUCCACUUUGACAUAUCUGAGACGCCCGUGAUUGGUCGGCGCUACGAUGACCUGCGCGCCUCCCCGGGCCGAGACGGCAGGAGCAGGAGCACUGCGGUGACGCGCAGCACCUCCUCCUCCAGCUCCUUGGGGUCUGCGUCCAACAACGUCCUGGUGCCGGUCAGCUGGAAGCGGCCUCAGUCUUCCCAGAAGAGAACCAGAGAGAAACUUGUGCACGUUUUGUCUCUGUGCGGACAGGAAGUGGGUCUCACCAAAAACCCUUCGGUGAUCUUCUCGAGCUGCGGCGAGCUGGACCUCACGGAGCACCGGCCCAGCCUGGUGUCCUCCGAAGACGGAACACGAGAAGCUGAUACGGCGGACGACACCACCUCCGAGCAGCAGUUCCGAGUCUUCCGGGACUUUGACUUCUUGGAUGUGGAGCUUGAAGACGGAGAGGGUGAGACGGUGGACAACUUCAACUGGGGCGCGCGUCGACACUCUGUGGACAGCCUGGACCGGAGCGACCUGCACGACCUGCACGACCUGCACGACCUGCACGCCCUGGAGGAGAGCCAUCUGUCCAGCAGCAUGCCCGGCCUGAGCCGUGUCGCUCGUGCGGACGAUUCUGACGAUUCCUCAGAGGAGGAUUCCCUGUCGGCCAGCCAGAUGCUCUCCCGCUCGCAGCUUGCCGUCAGCCUCUCCCCGACCUCGGACUCUCCCUCCUUUUGUAACACCACGUCGGUGGACUCCACACCUCCGAGCAGCAAAAAUCCCAGUUUCGAGGUCCAACUGCCGGAGGACUCGAAGCAGAGGUUUUUACAAGCGGAUGAAGACGCAAACGAGGAGGACGUGUCACUCUCUGUCAGUGAGCUCCCUCCCGAGUUUCACUGCGGUGACGCAAUUGACAAAGAACCGGACUUCCACGGCUGCUUGCCGAGUCUCGCAGAGGAGGAGCGAGACGACGGCACACUGGAGUCGUCGCCGCCGCCUUCGCCCUUCUUCUCCGCCAUCCUGGCGGCGUUCCAGCCGGCGGCGUGCGACGACGCCGAGGAGGCCUGGCGCGCGCACCUCAACCGGCUGGCGUCCGACUCGGACGGCUCGUGCGCCGUCUACACCUUCCACGUCUUCUCCUGCCUCUUCCAGAGUAUCCAGAGCAAUUUUAGCUCGCUAACCUGUGACGCCGUGAGUUACCUCAACGACAGCCUGAGAGGAUUAGGAGCAAAGUUCCUGAGGUCGUCUCAAAUGCUGACCGCGUGCGCCGAGUGCCCCGUGUUGUUUAUUGACGCCGACACGAUCAUGUCGUACGGACUCCUGGAGAAAAUGAAAUUCAGUGUGCUGGAACUGCAAGAGUACCUCGAUACUUACAACAGCAAAAAGGAGGCAGCUCUCACGUGGCUGAACAACUGUAAGGCCACCUUUCCCAGAAGUCCCUGCGGCUCAGUGACCACACGUCAACCGGCGGAGCAGGAGGAAAAGCAAAUGGACUCUCUGGCUCAACUGGAGCUAUGUCAGAGACUUUACAAACUCCACUUUCAGCUGCUACUGCUGUUUCAGUCCUACUGUAAGAUGAUUGAGAACGUCCACGCAAUAAGCUCUCUUCCCAAACUAAGCAACGUGUCCCGAGAGCUGAGCGACUUGUGGAGCCACCUGAGAGCGGCCUCGCUGGAAGAAGACAAACUAACGCGCGCCGAGCCUUCCGCCUUUUGCUCCUCUGAGGCGGCCGUGCAGGCCAUCCUGGAAGUUCUCAAAGGCAACGGCUUCUGCUCGGCCAUUCGCUACAUUCGGGAGUGCAGAACAACAUGGCCCAACGACAUCUUCGGCGGCCCCUCGGAGGACGAGGUCCAGACGCUGCUCAACAUCUACUUCCGCCACCAGACGCUGGGCCGGACGGGCACGUUCGCUCUGGUGGGCUCCAAGCGGGACCUGAGCGACAUCUCGGCCGAGCUGACCGAGCUCAACGGGGAGAUGCGGGACAUGAUCGGCCACGCGCGCGGCUACCGGGCCGUCGCCCCCUUCCUGCCCGACGCCGAGGUGUCGGGGUCCGGUCUCUGACCACGCGUCGCCUGCCGGCUUUUGUUGCACUACUAACAGACCCGGCGUUCACACUUCAAGUGCAUCCGGAAAGUAUUCCCGUUUUUAUUUUCUUAUGUUACAGCCUUAUUCCAAAAUGGGAUGAAAGCCAUAAUGGCAGCAUGAAAUCGUUUUAUUUUAUUAUUUUUGUUGUUGUUGCUAAUUUAUUACAAAUAAAUAAUAAUGACAGUUACCACGCAAAUGUAAUUUUAAUUUGAAAGCCUAAUCCUUGUUUUGAAACCCUUAUUUGAAACACUAACUUCUGCUAAUUGCUAACUUCUUUAAAAUUGAAAACAAAAAAACUCUAUUACAUUAACAUAAGUGUUCACAUCUUUUGCGUUACAGUUACAUCUUCAAAUCUUUCUAAAUAGGAUGAUACCUAUCUUUGGGCAGUUUCACUCAUUUGUCUGAGUUGCGAAUGCGUUCCGGAUGCACUGUAAAUAAAAAUAACACACCAAAGCGUUACAAUUCAUCUUAAAGGGGAAUUGUGCAAUUUUCUUUCAUAGACGUGGAAGAAUUUUACUGUGCAGUAAAGAAUGUAUUUGAGAGGAAAACAUAAUAAGGGAGGAUCAGUUGCAUAGUAUUGUGUCUGUGUGUGUGUAUGUGUGGGAUUUUAUCUGGCGGCCAUUUUAGUGGGGAAUUACGGACGCCGACGAGCAUCAACUGUAGUCAAACGACUUUGAAAUGCUGCAGAUCUACUGUAUUGAUGAUGUGCGGGUUAUGUAUUACUAAAUACAAAUACAAAAUCUUACUGUACUUUGUACAUGUGCAGCUUUUUAGCAAAUUAAACAUUAUUUAUAUUUAAGGAAAAGCAUAUUUUGGAACCUGUCACAGACGCUUGCAAAUCUUAGUCUAAUGUUUAUGAACAAAUGUACUUUGAACGAAUGACUGUACAUAGCCCUAUUGGAGGCUUUAUCCGAGUCUAUUUUUAUCAACUUGCUAUGUGAUUUGCAUAUCUAGAAAUAGAGAUGAUACAUAUUUUUAAAGAUGUAGUAGUCAGUUGUUGUAAAUAGUUUUUGCCCUUGCCAUGUACUAAAAUUGGCGUUGUGUAUAAUUAUGUCUCAAUAAAAAAAAAGAGAAAAAAACA